GCCGCUGUAGCUCUUCAGCCACACCUCCAUCCUCUUGCUGGUAUGCCCCGCUCAGAGUGUUGUAGGUGCUUCGUAUAUUCUAGACGGUCGGACAGGGUAUUAAUGGACAACGCCGCCACCAGUCUUGCAGUGGUACCGUUAGCUUCUAGGAGGGAAAUUCCCGCUUAGUGGACGCUGGCUGCUUUUUGGGGGCAUGGAUAUGCCCGCUUCGGCUCCGUAUGGCCACAUGUGGCCGACAGCAUACUGGCGAUAAACUCAUGUUUGGGCUGGAGUUCGUCUAUGAAACCGGCAGUCUGCUUUUUCCGCCUGCCUCGUCCCCCAAAAGAUCGCAGUGUGCAAGAUGUAACGGGAUUUUUGUAAUGCUGACUCGGGCCAGGAACCGAAUAGUGGGCGGCUCAUGCACUGUGGAUUUCUUGGCUGCCCAGCAUCAUCUACUCUGGGCAUACCUGCUGACUGUGUAGUGUUUCCUCAAAUGGGACUAGUUGUCAUCGUCGACUGUUGUCCGAAUCUGCGCCAGGCGGACUCUGGUUAUAGAACGACAGUUGGCAAGCGUCACGUCAAGCGGCUCCAUGAUCUUCUGCCAGCAGCCGUUGCCGUUCAGUCGUCUCAUAGGCCCAGUAGAUGCCGAAGGGUGCAGCCGAUGCCUGUGUUUCCCGCCACACGGCCUGAUUGUCCCUACCCUCAGCACAAGAUCAUGGCGCUACAGCGGAACACGGUGCUACUGGAUGCGCGAUGGUGUGGCUACGGAGAAGAUGCAAGGUCCGCGACCAGAUCGCCUCACACAGAAACAGCAGCGAGCCUGGGCCAACGGCUGCUGCUGUUCAGACAUGUCGCGUUGUCCGCACCUGGCUCAGGCACUUUGAGCAACGAGCAGCCUCGUGCAUAUUGCCCCUCUCGCAGCAGAUCAGCUGCCGUAUAGCAGACCCAGCGCAUACGUGACUGUUCCUCUGGUGCGACAUGCCAUAUAUUGCGGAGAUGUAGCAGACAAGAUGUGGCUAUAUUUGAAAAGGAA